CGCAUGAUCAGGCAUUUUCUUCUUGAUGAAAUAUCUACAUAUAUUUGUCGUAUUUUGUGUUCUUUCAGUUCAUUUUGCAGAUAAACAAUCUAAUGUAAGUACAAAACUAAACAGUAGAAAAAAAAGUAUCAUACUAAUCUCUUUACAUCAUGAAAAAUUAGUGAAACUGAAAUGAAAGAAUUUCACGUACAAAAAUACAAAUGAAUAGAGAAUUUGAGUUGAGAAGAAAAGACAUUGAGAACAUGACAAACUCCAAGAUUUGAGUAACUACAAGUUUUUUUUCGAGUAGGUUAUGAAUAUGAUUGUAGAAAGUGAAUAUACUAAUGUGACCAAGAAUCAAAGCCAUCCUAAGAUUCUCUUUUUGAAAUGAAAAUAUCAGAUAAAUACAUAAUGUGCUCUCUCUCUCUAUCUACCGUUACUUGAUUUCUUAAAAUGAAUGUUAUUAAUAGAAAUUACUAAUUCUCAGUAUUAGUAUACACAGUAUUUUCUUACUGAAUGAUGUGUCAAUCAAAUGAUUUAUAGCCUUUAUUUUUAUUCUUUUAUCAUUGACUCUAAAUUGCACUUAAAUUCAAGGUAUAUAUACGUCAAUAAAAUCCCAAAUCUCGAGAGUAAAUCAAGAGAUUUCUUAAUUCUGAAUAUAAGUGAUGGUAUGAUGACUAUUUAGAAAAUUGAUUAUAAAAAAUCAAAAGAUGUAUUUGAUUCACGAGAUAUUACUGAAACACAAGUAUUAGUUAUUGGUGCAGGUAUAUCAGGUUUAGAAGCAGCUCGUUUAUUGAAACAGAAUGGAGUGCAAACACUUGUAAUUGAAGCACGAAAUCGUACUGGUGGUCGAAUCUGGACAAUUCAAUCAAAAAAUGGUGACAUAAUUGAUUUAGGUGCAAAUUCAAUUCACGGCAUUGACGGAUCUAUACCACAUGGUUUUCUAUCGAAUCCUUUAUGGGAUCUAGUCCAACAAGCUAAAAUUCCUACUCGUACAGUAUCACUUCGUGAUAUGAAAAUUUUCAAUAUGAUAAAUCCGAAUAUAGCAGAAAAUCUUAAAAUAUGGUUUGAUGAAUAUAUGAAUUAUGUUGAAGAAGCAACUAAAACAUCGUCAAGAAAUCAAUCACUUCAACAAUAUGCCGAAAUAUUUUUUACCAUGAAAAAUUUUACUAACGAACUGCAAGAUGCAUUUUAUUCUUAUGUACGUAGAGUUAUCGAAGUUAAUGAAGGUACCGAAAUCAGUACGAUUAAUGCAAAGGAUUUCGUUGAAAUAGCCGGUAGUUUUUAUGGUUUAGACAAGGUAUGUCAUGAUACUGGUUAUCAUUCAAUAAUUGACAAUAUAGUCAAAGAUUUUCGAGAUGAUGAUAUACGUUUUGGACAAAUUGUAAAUAAAAUAAAUUACGAUAAUGAUUUAGUUGAAGUACAAACUGUUAAUGGACAUGCCUAUCGUUCUCAAUAUGUUCUCAUAACAGUACCUUUGGGUGUAUUAAAAGGUCGACAAAUAAUGUUCAAUCCAACAUUACCACAAUGGAAAUUGAAUUCUAUCGAUCGAAUUGGAAAUGGACUUUUGAAUAAAGUUGUUCUAGUAUGGAACAAAGCUUGA